GUGAUUCGAUAUUGAAAGAGAGAACAAAACAGCACCUGAUAUCUCAAGCUUAAACUAUUGAGUCAAAUAAUCGGUAUUUUCGUGAUAACCGAGGAGUAGUAGCCGAAGGUUUACAAAGACAAUCUCCAGCGAGGUAUUUUGGGACGAUUUUGACGUGGAUCGAGUUGGUAGUGAAGCUUGCAAGGUGCUGUUUCAGGUGAAAUGCCUCGAGGCGAAUCGGGCUCUUCUCCGAGAAAGAGAGCGGCUGCCACCGAGCUUCAUGAGAGACUGAGCAAAGACGAGCUUAUUAAGCGUUUAAAGGUGAGAACAGAUAGGUUUAUGAAUAUCAAAUAAUGCAGAAAACUGCACUUGCGAUUCACUGGUUGAGUUUGUGUCAGAGAGUGCCGGGUUUUCUAUUUUGUUUUCCUUAAACUGUGCUUUAAUAGCUAAGUGACUUCAUGCCGUACAAUGAUGACCAAGUACAGAAUUAAUCGCACCUGUCGUGGAGUGGAUUAUCGACGAAAUGAUAGCAUACGGAAUCUUUUAUUCAAAUAAUUCUUGGCCUGCACUAUUAACAUUGAAAUUGGUUAUAUAUUGGGCUUCUUGGUAUGAAAUCUCCUGAAAUAUAUUCAAGCCUUAAACACUUGACAGGAAAAAGGCUCUGAGGCUUGAAUUUAUAGGCUUUACGGCAAAUAACCUAUUUAUUAUUCCUGGCCAGGAAUAAAAGGUUUUUAAUUUCUUUUUAUGUGGUCAUUUAAUCAGGGCUGUCAUUAAGAAUUCCAGUAGCAGGAGAAAGGUGUAAUGUUUCAGGAGAAUACCGUAAAAUUCCGAAAAUAAGCCCCUCCAUGUACAAACCCCUCCAAAUAUAAGCCCCCCAAACCGGUAACACAAAAAACCCUCUGUUAAAUCGCCCCUCCAAAUAUAAGCCCCCCAUGAGCUUGUACUUGGAAAAUUGCCCUCAAAUACCAAGUAAAACAAAGCAAAAACAGUAAAAAUUUACUUUCAACUACAAGGCUAGCCCAAUCGAGUUUGAAACGCAAAUUUCCCUCCGUAGAUAAGCCCCUCCGAAUAUGAGCCCCUCCAAAAAUAAGCCCCUCAAAAAGGGUCUUUGAAAAAUAUAAGCCCCGGGGCUUAUUUUCGGAAUUUUACGGUAUUUUGAAAGUGGCUCCACGACUGAAUAAAAAAUAAUCAGAGGCUACCAAACGUUAGCUGGAGAAUUCUGCAGAGUAAACGGAGAAUUCUCUGAUCUCCGAUGCCUAAUGAACACCUGCAUUUUUCUUUUAUCGUAUGAUUUGGUCAGUUUAAAACACAGACUGCAGACUACGGACUGUGGACUGGGUAUAAAACACAGACUACGUAGGUAAAACAUGCGGACUAUGGACUGUCUAUAUAACUACAACUUUAGAAAGGUAUGCCUUAGAGAAAAGGAUAGUGGACUGGCAUAAAACAGAUAGUCCCAGCUCCUUGCCUCACGCACAAACAUUCCUUUGGCUGGUCAUGCAGUCUAUUCUCCUCAAUGUUAGCGGGAGAAGGAAAGCAUACUACACUGGCAAGGAAGGUUAAUGCCGCUACUCAAGGAAACUGAAAAUGAAACUCUGAAUUUUUUAAAAAGGAGGAGUUAGCAGAGAAUUCAUUUUAUAAGUUUUAAACCAAUAGAAGAUAUGAAAUUGAGAGGCACCAAAUAAAUAGUAUUGGUGUUAGUGAGAGCGAUAUUCUUAUAGGUGCCACAAUUCCAUUUCAAAGCCUUGGGAUAUGAGGAAAUUAAGAACCCAGACAAGAGGGUCAGUAUAGAGAUAUUCUGUGAUGCAAAAAAGCUGUAUUUAGGGGGAAGGGUUACUCACCUAUACGUGAAUAAUAACCAAAAUAUAUCAUCCAACAUAAUAAAUAGUAUUGGUGUUAGUGAGAGUGAAAUUCUUAUAGGUGCCACAAUUUCAUUUCAAAGCCUUGGGAUAUGAGGAAAUUAAGAACCCAGACAAGAGGGUCAGUAUAGAGAUAUUCUGUGAUGCAAAAAAGCUGUAUUUAGGGGCAAGGGUUACUCACCUGUACGUGAAUAAUAACCAAAAUAUAUCAUCCAACAUAAUAAAUAGUAUUGGUGUUAGUGAGAGUGAAAUUCUUAUAGGUGCCACAAGUCCAUUUCAAAGCUUUGGGAUAUGAGGAAAUUAAGAACCCAGACAAGAGGGUCAAUAUAGAGGCAUUCUGUGAUGCAAAAAAGCUGUAUUUAGGGGGAAGGGGUUACUCGCCUAUACGUGAAUAAUAACCAAACCAUAUCAUCCAACGAUAUAUAUUCAAAGCAAUGAUGACAUGAUUUACACCUAUGUAAACAUGUACAUUGCGUUUGUCGUGGAUGUUAGAGACUGAGACCAGGGCUAAAAAUGGGUGUAGAAAAUAGCAUUUUGGUCAGGCUCAGGAUUUGGAGAACUGGGUGGUACACCUCCACCAAGAAUUUCUAGGAGUAUAAAAACUACAAGUAACUUAAACUUAUGUGUUGUGCUAUUACCGAUGUAGUCUGUAGUGCGCAUCUUAUACCUAGUCUGUGUCUUAUACCCAGUCCGUGGUCCCCAGUCAGCAGUCCGUGUGUUAUUUUGACCAUUGUAUGUUUCAUUAGAAGGCCUUUCAACCCCCCACAUCUUUAAUAUUGUGGGAUGAUAGAUGACAUCAUAACAUGCAGCACGUGAUGUCAUUGGUGUAAAAAAUACUCGUUGACUCUAUCAUGAAUUUGCAACGGCACAAAAUGAACAAAAAUGAUGUUGUUGGCAUUAUAACAUUUUGGCAUGAUUGGUUUACUUCCCACCAAUCACAUUAUUAUAUUACAAGGGCAGUGGACUUUACGAGGAAAUAUUCGUUGUUAACAUUAAAAUAGCUCAAACAAUGCAAAAUAGAUGAAACUUUAUUGCCGGAAAGUCAAGUCUACUGAAGAAAUGGCAAACUUUGGCAAUAUUAUUGUGAUCUUGGAGGAGUUUGCCUGAAACCUAGCAUCCAGAAACUCCAUGCUGAAUGACGAAUGACUCUGAAGUCUAUUGAUUAGGUUUAGGAAACUGAGUGAAUCAGGUUCCAUUUAGGUUUUUUGUCAUCAGUAAUGCAUUUUGGGAUCGAUUCAAGAUGGUGGUAUAGAAAAAUGGUAUUGUUUUUGUUUUUAAUUUUGGUUCAUACACAAGUUGAGUCAUAACGAAUUGCUGUACUGGUUAAGAAUCCGAGUGGAAAAAUACUGUAUUUGUGUGUUUUGGUCCGUCAGUCUAAAUGUGUCACUGGGAAACUAUUUCUUGGUUCCGUUAUUUUAAGAUCAUGGUUAUGACACGGUACCAGAAAUGAUCGUUAAAUCCUAGGGCUUGUAGGCUGCCAUCGUUGUUUAUUUUAGACCUUGAAUUAGACUCCAGCUAAUAAAGGAGGAUUGAACUGUAUCUACUUAUUCAUUGAACAGAAGUACAGUUUUGUACUUUGACUUAGUAAUAAGUAGCUGUCGUGCAUUUUAUUUGAAUGUUUCAUGGUCAAAUUAAGAUUUGACUACCACUUAUUUUCACAGAACCUUGCUCAUGAGCUAUCGAGUGCUGAUCAAACCGAUGGAGAACCCAAGUAUCAUGAUGUGGCGCAGUCUCUUGUCAACCCGUUUAUUCUUAAGCACAGAGACAAAGAUGUUAAAGUGCAUGCUGCAUGCUGUAUGGCUGAUAUUUUAAGAAUAUUUGCUCCUGAAGCUCCCUACAAUGAAGAACAGUUAAAGGUAAUUACAGUUAUGAGCAGUGGUACUGCUUAGAUUCUGUAGUGGCAGUGAGGGGUGCAUGACUUAGUGGUCAGCAUCCCACACUUGUUGUCAAGGGGACACUGGUUUAAGCUCCACUCUAGUUACUACCUGGAGUCUUGAGAGUUGAUUUCCUUGAACACCCUUGCUUUUCCUCCUACACAGCACCAGUUGCAACUUUUAAUUUCUUGUCCUCCUGCUGGUGAGUUCCUGAUACUCAGCCCACUUGCCUUUGAGCUGUAAUUAAGAAAUGGUGAACGUGCAACAAGAGUUACGGAUGCAUGCAUUGCUAAGCAUGAAAGGAGCAUAACAGUUGCUCGAAAUGUGACAAGAGAUACUCUGGCUUCUUGAGUUAUAUGCGAGUUUGCCAUUAUAUGUAAGUCAAAUUUGUUUUAGUAGGCUCAACCUUGGUCCAAGGAAAAAAAAACUUUUUUAAAUUCCAGUGUGAUCAUGGCUAUCUCAUCUUGAAAGAAAGCCAGUUUGUAUAUGUUAGCACUAAAAGUUAUAAUGUCUUUAACAUUUUCAUACUCUUUAUUUUACAUGUAUUACAUGUAUAUCCUGAAUUCACAAAAUAAAAAUGAUGAAUUUGUAAAUAAUUCUCAGCAGUCAAAUUUUACAAAACAGGCACAGAUGUUGCUGCUAUUUUCUGGAAAGACAUGUCAGUCCUUAGACUUUUUAGAUGGUUUUAUAUCAGUUGAUUAGCAGUGAAUUUAGCUUUUAUUAGCCCAAUUUUUUCUCCCAACCCUCUACCUCCCGUGAAUAUUACUCCCACUUAUCUUUUUACAUGUAUGUUUGAUUUUACAUUCAGGCAGUAUUUACGAUGAUUAUCAACCAGUUGAAAGGUCUCGAGAAUACGAAAUCAAACCUGUCUAAGAAGUAUUUUUAUCUUUUAGAGGUAGGUAGAGGUUUUGCUUAGUGUGAUAAAUUUGCCUGGCAGGCUAGGAAUUAAAACAAGAGUUCAAAAAGAAAAGAAGGCACUUUAUACCUUGGGCAGACAUGCGUAACAGAAUUUGGUUUUUUUAGAGGGAUGGUUGGUUUUCAAAGGAUUGACUUGCUUUUUAGCACUCAAACCAGGAAUUGUUGGAGGGAAGAGCCCUUUUUCUGUUUUUGUUUUUCCUUUUUGCAUAAAUUUUUAAAGAGUAUCAAAAGAUAGUUUGUCAUUUUGAACAAACUGUUUCAACUAAUUUUGAAACAAUUCACAUUUUUUUAGUGUCCGCAAGUUUAUCACUGUAAGCUACAAAUAAUGUAGUUAAAACAAGGUAAUUAAAACAACUGCAGUGCUCUAAAGGGCUGUUUUUUUCAUUUCUUUUCAGAAUUUAGCAUUAGUUAAAUCAUUUAAUAUUUGCCUGGAGCUGGAUUUCCAAGAUAUUAUAUUAAAGUUAUUUAAACUGCUCUUCCAAGUCGUGAAGUAAGUUGAAUUUUACUGUAUUAAGUGAAAUUUAAGUGUACCAUGUAAAUGGUAUUCUCUGGUAAUAAAAAGCUAUCGUAACCAGCUUUCAUAAGAUGUGUUAGACAGUGCUAACCUAAUAUGGGAUAAAAUGAUAAUAUCAACAUAGGUUAUGGAAUUGAGUAGAAUGACAGAAUAUACAAAAAUCAUACCUCGUUAUCAACUCUAAAACUCUGUCUCCUUGUUCUCAAUUUUAGUGAAAAUCAUACUAAUAAAAUUCAGAAUUUCAUGCUUGAUGUAAUGUGUCCCAUCAUACAAGAAGGAGAAUCUGCAUCUCAGGAACUUCUGGACACAAUUCUGAUCAACAUUAUUGAGCCGCAGAAGGUACCUACUUACUAAGCUAUUAACUUGAAAUGCAUAACUAUAAAGAUGAUGUGGGUAAAUGUAAUUUAAGCAAAGUUAACCUUGAAAUCAAUAAUUAUCAUAGCUAGUGAUUUCCCUUCUUCCUGUUGCAUGGGGUGGCUUUUGGUCCUUAGCAGGGAUACCUUGUGACCCUUGUGAGAUCAUCGGUGACUAUCAAAAUAAAAGUUCAUUUUGUACAGUGUAAACAACUGCAUCAUUAAAAUGGAGGUUGGGUGCCUGGAGUAUCCAGGGGCUUCCACUGUUGGCAGCCGGCCUCUAGAAUCCUAGAUUGAAACAAUGCCCUCAUGACUGGUGCAACAGCGCAACCCACAGCCAUGAGCACCCACACAAAAGGAAAAGAACAGGCACCUGACACACUGGAGAACACCAGUGGAGAAAAAAGGAACACCAACAACAACAAAGCCUUGGGAGAGGAGGGGGGAAAGAAAAUGGCAGAAAGAACCUCAUGGGCUAAAAAAACCUAGCACAACAAAAAACUGAAUGCGCCAAUGAAUCACAUGAUUGAUGUAGCGAGCUACUGGGCAUGCACAUGCCAAAAGACCACUGAUCUCAGGCGCUAAAAGGCGCUCUUAGUUGUUAACUCCUAUAAAAUGUAUUUAAAUACGUUAAUGAACAAUCACUUCAUUUAGUGAUAUGAAAGCAGAUCUCUUCACCCAGUUGUAUAAAUGGGUACCAGCAAUAUACUGUUUGGGGGUAACCUUGCGUUGGACUUGCAUCCCGUCCCAGGGGGGAGUAGCAAUACUCCUAGGCAUGCUUCAUGCUAAGGAAACCGGAAUAAGCUCCGUCCAUUUGGGCCUUUUGCUCGUGUGCACCUUUACCUUUUUUUUCUGUACAAAUCAUGUAUUUAGAGGCCGUUGUAGGGAAAUUUAAAAAGUGAUUGUACGGAUAAAGAAGUGGCCUGUUGUGGGGAGGUGGCUGUUUUGUUUCAGGGCUUUAUGGAGUAUUUUUUUAUCAUUCAAGAAUUUUUUAUAAGAUCAUCCUAAUAGCAUCAUUUUGUUGUUUGUUUUCUCCAGAGUGAAAAUCCUGUAGCCUAUAAGCUGGCAGGUGAAUUCAUCAGAAGGACUGCGACAUCUUUAGAGCCUUAUUUACAAAUGGUAAUCAAAGAAAAUUGAGGCUUCAGACUAGAAAGGAAGUCAGUUUUACAGUUUGCCAUUCACGCAAGUCACAGCUCGCAUGUACUAGCCCAAGAGUCUUUUUCAUUAGCCCCCAUUUUUUUUUUUGAUGAGCAGGAUUGAUUACAGCUCUUCGGUAAUGUGAAUUUCCUAAAAAAUCCAUUUGCCAUCAGGCAAGUUAAGAACAUAAUUCACUAGCCCAAUAGCAAAAUCCACUAAGUCCCGGGAUAUAUUCUAACAGACAUGACUUUCUUUGCGUGCUGGGCUAAAUUUUUGUAUGGUUUGUGUGGGCAUAUGAAAUUAAAGAGUAGAUGAACAAAUUGUGUGUUCUUUUAGUUUUUUAACAGUACUCUUGCCUUGGGGAAGACAUCAGACAGCAACCUAGCAGAGAACAUUUAUGAUCUUAUACUGGAAUUGAACAGAGUUUGUCCUAGUACUCUCUUGUCAGUUGUUCCACAGCUGGAGUUUAAAUUAAAGGUGAUUUUUUGGCAUUUUUUCAUCUCUCAGAACUCUAACUGUUUUGGUUGCUAUGGGCCAGCCUGCACUAGCAGACAAUGGAAUUGUCUUUGAAACAUCUAAACCAAAAAUUGUAUGGUGACGAUUUUACUCUUUUUUAAAUUUAUCUGUACUGGAAACUAUUAACAGGCCAUCGCGUCUGUCAUUACUUAAUGGAAAGAAUAAUGGCUUUACAGCAAAUGAUUGACAAAAAAAUACACAUUUUCAUUUGCUUAAUUGAUUUUGUCCAGUUUUUACCCAGGACAAACAAAUUUUGUCCACGGCACCUUUGAAGAUUAUCCCAUCUCGUACAAAAUUUGUAAAAUUGCAACAAAUUAAACCAUACGCAUUUGUUAAGCAUUGGUGAUGACAGACAGUUUGUCUAAAUAAGCACUUUUUUCGCUAGAGCAGAUAAGCCCUAUGACAGGUAUAAAGGUUUCUAACCUCUCUUUCUUUUUUUUAGAGUGAGGAUGUAGAUGACCGAUUAAAAGUGGUCAGCUUGUUAGGUCAGAUGUUUUCUGAACAUGAUUCGGAACUUGCUGUUCAGAACAAGGCUCUCUGGGGUUCUUAUUUAGGAAGGUAAGCAAUUUAUUAUUUUAUUACUACUAACAGAGUAUGUUGUGUUCAAUACCGUAAAAACUCGUGUAUAAGCCGCACUCGUGUAUAAGCCGCACCCCCAACUUUCAAGCAUGACUUUGAAAAAAAAAAAAACCAAAAAUGCGCUUUUGUAAAAAAGGUGAUCGUUUGUUCGCGCAUCAAAAUGUUCACAAAUAAACUUGAGGAAAUUUAAUGUUGUGUAUUUGCAGUGACAUUUUAAAUAAGUUAAUCAACUCUGAAAAUACCUUUUAAAAGGUUCUCUUUAAUCAAUUUCCCCAUUUCCUGCGAAAGACAACAGUUCUCUUCAUUGCUAAAGCCCACAGUUGAAAUGAAAAUGGAACGAUGGAACGAAAAUAAAGCGCUGGAGAAUGCUACAAAACGAUUGCUUAGUAACCACGCGUUUAUUUGACGAGGGAAGUCUGGACACCAGAGAAGGACACAAGUAAACAAAUGCUGGAAACCAUCGAUUGGAGAAAAGCUUGUUGCUAAACGAGAGUUUAACAACCCAAUGGACAAACGCCGUGAAAGUAGUGAAGGACGACCAAACGGUCGGCCAUUUGCCUCGCGAAUUUUCUCGAAUAGCGUGGUAUUUUCUUGCACGUAGUGGGGAAAUCAGCGUUGAAGUGAUCGGUCGCAGACGACACUAAGCAGCUGUGCGGAGGAAUGGAGAUUCCGUGCCAGUUAGAGUUUAACUGCUCAAACAAAGCGCAGAUGAAACGCUUAAAAGAACUACUGGCGAGCAAGAUUCAGGUAUAGAACCUGCAGAUGCAAACAAACGGCUCCUUUAGGAGCCACCACUUCUACCGAAAGCAACGAUCAACGACAGGUUUCAAUAUGUUUACUGAAGGUUUUCAGUUCAAUUUGUGACCCCUACAAGCCAGUUUACUCCCUUUGAGAGCAAUGGUCUCGUGUAUAAGCCGCACCCGCGAUUUUUGACUCAAAAUUUCGGCAAAAAGGUGCGGCUUAUACACGAGUUUUUACGGUAUUUAACUUUAUCAUUUGAUGCAAAGGAGAACCCACUAAGUGACCUGCAAAUAACUGCCUACAAAUAAUGGUCUGCUCAUGCGCAAUGUCAUCCAACUGUGUUUGGCUGCAAAUAACAUUGUGCUCAUGCGUAAAGGAAACCAUUCUUUUCUCCUUCUUGGGCUCAUUCUUGCGUGAAAAUGGCAGAUCGCUUCACUUCCGGGAGUUGUUCAGUAAAAAAUAAAUUAAGUGAUUGACUGAUAAAACAGUUAUUGAACUCGAUUAUCACAAAAUAUUUUAAUUUGUCAGUGUCUCACAUGUCAGUAAAUCCUCAGCCUUUGCCUUCAGCAGAUUGAUCCAGUGGCCAGAGACAAAUCAUGAUAUUUUUCCUCAACCUCCUCUCAUGAUUGUUACGUGGUUCAACCUGUUUAACUGAGUUAACUCGGAGCACUAAGCUUCUCCUUCCAUUGGAAGCAAACAAGAUAUGUGUAUCUAUUGCAGCUGAUAUUUGUCAUCAGGUUAAACCGGAAUUUCCUUUGUCUCCCAUGGAUGAUAAUUGCAUGUAUUCCAUAAUAGAUUAUUACCGCUAGGAAACAAAGGUCUGGAAAUUUUUGGUAAAACAUGAGAAUGUAAUUUACCAAAAAUACAUCCACCAGAACUCCAUGUGCUCUUGGAUUUGAUCAACUGUGUUUGCUGUUGAUAUAGUAAACUUUGCCCGCUGUUCUGUUUUUUUUUUUGUUUUUUUUUGAGAUGGUGGCCAAUGCAAAAGCAGAUACCUGUGCACUGUUACUUAGAAUGUUCACCUUUGAGUUUCUAACACAGUUGUUUCUUGAUAGGUUUGUGGAUAUUAGUGUAGAUGUUCGUGUUGAAUGUGUGAAGAGAGCCAAAGAAUUUCUCAAGCAUCACCCCGACCUGGUGACAGAUGUUACGGGUGAUUUUUUUGGUUGAUUUGUUACUUGCUAAAUACAACUAUGUACAAUACAAUGAAACUACAUUAACCAGGGCUUUUAAACAAACUAAACAAUAAAUUACAGAUUACAGAAAGUGAAUUCCAACAAAAGUUGAUGGAACCAGUUAGCAUCUUGCAGUAUUCUUACAAUGAUUUUGUUACAAAUAGUUAAGGUGAGUCCCGGGACUUCUUGUGAAAAAUCAUGAGUCCAUCCAUAACUAAUGAGUCCCAGUUGAAAAAAAAACAAAAACAAAAACAAAAAAAACAGGAGUCCUAAAUUGAAAAUGCGUGGGCUUUUACAUAACCAGACAGUCAAUUUGAAGACAGAUGCUAGAACUCUUCAUCACAGUUUUAAAAAAAUUAAAAUAUAGUCUUCUAUACAUUUAAAGCACAAAAAAGACUAAAAUAAAUAUGCAUCUUUAAACAAUAGCCACAAAAAUCUCACGAACAGGGUAUUCUACCAAAAAAUCUUCAAAUCAGUUGAUCGUUCUUUGCAUCCUACGGAAUGCAUUCCAUAAACUGUUUAGAGUCUUUGGGGAUUUUUAUGCAUUGGGGACACAGGACAUAAAAGUAACAAAAUCACUGUUCUCAAUGGAUCAUAGAUGACUUUGGUUAGCUUUAACUGUAUACAGUACUUCUUUAAUUUGAUUGGUCACCAUCAGUUUGGGCCAAGUAACUAUAGGUGCUGUUGAAGGCUUGAUUCUUAUUAAGUUUUUAAUUUUAAUUUUAAUUUUUUUAAAAAAUUUUUUGUGUGUAUAGUUGCUUAAUUUAGUGCUGUACUUUAUUAACAGCUCAUUAUGUACACAGCCCUUGCUUAGUUUUCGUUUUUUUUUUUAAAGUGUGCAUACAUGUGUAUUUCUCUAUUUAUUAUAUUAUGUAAGUAUUUUUUUCUGCAUGGCCAGCGUGACUAGCAUUUGCUAUUUCAAAGUGGCUGUGCUCUCCUGUAAUUUUUUCCUCUGUAUGUCCCAAUGGCACUAAUAAAGAUUGAUUGAUUGUUGUUGUUGUUUUGCAGAUAAACUGCAUGAAAGACAAAGGGACCCAGAUGAGAGAGUUCGGCAAGAAGUAGUAGCAACCAUUUGUGAUGCAGCAGUUGAGCAGAUUGAACAUAUUGAUGAUAAGGUACGGCAGGUUUUAUCAGUCCAAGUGCAUUGUACUGCACCUGGUUGUGUUUUGAAUGUACUGGCUGGUUUGCUUCCUGCUUCCAGAUGGUGGCUGGACAUCUUGCCUGGCCAAAGAAAUUUCAGCUUGGUCAAGUCUCGUUUCUGACUGGUCAAAAUAUUGGAAAAAAAGUUAACUUAUCCUUUUGUAAUUUUUACUUUGUGAACACAAUUGUGUUUUUUUCGAAGAAACAAAAUUUAAGAUUUACGGGUGAGGAUUUGGCUGUUUUUGUCCUGAACGAGAGUGCAUGCGUGACCAGUCAACAUGUCCGGUGACUGAAGUUUUUGGCCAGGCAAGUUGCAAUUCUGGCCAGAUAUUGUCCUUUGACCGGCUGUUAUUUUGAGCCCUGCAUUUAAUCUAAGGGAUGUCAUGUGAUGGCUCAAUAAACAAAAUAUGGUUCAUCUGGCCUUAUAUUCUAAUGUACUGACCUAAAACAAAACAACAACAAGAGGAAAAGAAAGAAGAAUAGAUGUUGCUAGAAAUGCAGUCAAACGAUUAUAAUUAGGAUUUCAUGUUACUUGUGCCCUUUUAACUCUUAAUGUGGACACUAGAUCAAAAAGCCACUUGUUCAAAAGUUCUUGAGUACCAUUCAGCUGUACAGUGUACGGUGCAUAUUCUGGUACUAGCAGUCAGGUCCAAGAUAUUAAGGAGACUAUACCCAUGCCUUGAAAAUCUUUCAAACCUUCUAAGCUUACCUUGAGUCCUGAAGUCAGUACAAAAAAAGACAAAACACAGAAGCUCAGAGUUUAUAAACAUGUCAGUAGCUUUGCUAUAAUUAUGAUAUGCUAGGCCAACACCAUAUUUCUACAUGCAAACCCAGAAAGGACACAUAUAAAAGACUGUUAGCAUGCACCUUUCUUUCUGUUCAUCUUUACCAUUUAUCAAGGAAUAUCAAGGGGACGUGACUGCUUAUAGGGAAUGUUGACAUGUACACAAAUGUCUGGCUCUAACUGAAUGUUUCUUCACUCACUUGUGUUAGCUUUUUGACGCUGUAUGUGAAAGAGCUAGAGAUAAGAAGGUAAGAAUAAUAAUAUUUUUUAAAUUAUGAAAAGUGUAUUCAGUCCACAGAGCUUGAAAAAGUCCUGUCUGGGAGUCCAGAACAAAUCGAUUUUCUUGCUGGACCAGUUGUCCUCUAACAAAACCAUUAUCUAAGACCAGCAAGGAGUGGACCUGGCAAGCGAAAUGUGAGAGCUGAUUGCAUGUAGCUAAAUGAAAUUUAGGCAAAGUUGAAAUGUAAACAAUGCUGGUCAGCAGUUUCUUAGUUGUGUGGCUUGGGGUGGCCCCAGACAUUUAGCAGGGGUACUUCGUGAUUCAUAAAUGCAGUCUGCUUGCUUGCAGUUACUUAUAAAGUCAUAUUUAGCUUGCCUCCUGUUGCCUUGCUAAAUUUUUUCCUGUGCACUCCACCCUCCUGAUAUUUUCUUCUUACCUAGUUGAGUAUUGGUGGGAAGUGCUCCACUGAGUGAUUCAGGGUGAUGGUGCCUGGUGGUGGCCAUCUGCAGGGUUGCCAUGGAUACCUCCCUUUUCUUGCUACAGCUUUGCACGGCUCCACCAAUCCUUAAUGGACCAGCUCCUAAGCUCAUCUGUUGAUGAUAAGUUUAACCAAAGGACAAGCUGGAAUUUUCAAGCCCUGAGUCCUACCAGUUGCAUGUAGUUUUCCUGCUGUUUAUACUAUUGAUAAGUUGUGUAUGAGUUUGUUUUAAUUUUCUUUAGUACUGUGCAUCUAAUCUGUGUUUCUGCUGGUUUUGUUUCUUCAGUGGCAUGUUAGUAGAGAAGCAAUGAUGUGUCUUGGAAAGUUAUAUAAGAAAUUGACUACAGGGUCAGUAUUUCACUAUGCCAGUUUGUUGUGAUGGAUAGGAACUAACAAAUCAAAAGCCACAUUCUCUCCAGAAGUAUCACAGGAAAUAACAUAAUGAAGAAUAAUGUGACAUCAAUGUAUUUGGGCGUAAAGGGUUGGCAUUAUUAUUUAUAGUCGCAUUUGUCACAUUACCCUUUUUAAUCUGUUUCGGCUGUUUCGGUUGUAGAACUACUGCAAACAAAGCAGCUGCCAAGAGGUUAUUAUGGGUUCCAAGUAAAAUACUCCACCGUUACUACCAUAAUACUCCAGAAAACAGGUACUGUUAAGGAAAGUAUAUUAAUGAUUAUAAGGAACCUGCUGUCAGUUUUACAUGAAAACAGAAUGUUACUAAAAAUGAGCCACAUGUAUAUAUUAUUGUGUUGUAAAGCUUUUAGACUGGCAUACUUGUCUGGAAAAGCUUAAGAUACGAAUGUGCUAGGUUUGCUUACAAUCUUUCACGUUGUUGUACUUUACAUUAUCUAGGGUGCUCUUUUAACAACUGUAUCAUCAUGUUUUCGUCAACUGAAGUGCAACACUACAUACACAUUAGACUGAUCUACAAUUUUGUUAACUAGAUAAUCUUCAUUACAGAGACAAUCAUGUUAUAACAGACACUUGUGAAAUGGGAUUUGUUUGGGGGCAUUGGAACUUGGGUGCCUUUUAUUUUGUAUUGCUUUUUGUUUACUGGGCUUGAAAUUGUGACUGACUGGUCUUUUACUCAACUAAAAGUUUAGUGUUGGUGACAACAUUUUUUUAGAAUUUCAAAGCCAGUUGCUAGUGGGCAACUUGCUUUUCGUUUCCUUUAAUUUUUGGUUAUGGAAGAGUUGAUCUUACUGUUAAAAAUGUGAAACAUACUGCUCAAUCCCUAUGUUGCAGCUCUUCAAUGACCAAAAUGCUAAAUAAGACAGUUAAUUUUGUGUUCUUAUUUAUAACGUGUAGAACAUUCUUACAAAGCUUUUCUAUUGCUUGUCAAAGGCUCUGCGUGGAGAGAAUUUUGAUUGGCUGCUUAGUGCCAGUCACUCUAGAAGCUGAUGAGAAAAUGAAGAAAUUGUUACAUAUUUAUUGCAAGCUUGACCCUCAGGCAGCUAGGUAAGUGUACAUGUUAAACAACUGAUGUGCCUUUUCUUUCUUUUAGGGAGGUAACACUUCCAGAAUUUUGAGGUCAGACCAGAAGUAUGUCGGACCCACCAGAUACCAUUCACCCUCUAUUCAUCACCUGUUAAUUAAGUCAAUACUAGUAACAACCAAUGGGUAUGGAAUGCGGGUGACAACAAUCAAAGCAAAACCCUUUUGCUCCAAAGCUAUGCUUUGCAUAAUCAGAUUACGAGUGAUAAAAGGUCCAAAUGCGUGUGAUCAAAUUGCAUUCUGUGCAUUUCAUUUAUUCCAAACGAAUGCUUGCUAAAUACAUGCGAUGUAUGCAUAAUAACAACCUGGAGAUUAGGAUCUCAGGCUCCUCUUGUCCCCCGCAAUUAGUAUUGAGAAAGAUGUUAAGUCCCAUUUUGGGAGUUUUGUUUCUAAGCCUAGUGGUAACAUUUUGUGUGUUAUGUUUGAUAAAUAUUUUGUCACUUAACUGUUUUUGUGCAAUUAAGCAUAUCCUAAUAUUUUUCUAUUAUUUUUAUUCUUUCUCUUCCUUAGUGCUUUCCAUGGAAUACUCAAUUGUCAGCAAAGGUGAGGAAAAGUUAUUUACAUCACAGUGCGCUUGCUGUCUUUUUUUUCAUGUAAAUAAAGCAGGGACUUCUCAUGGCUGUGAUGAAUGUGAUUCCUGGCUACUUUCACAAGAAAAUAGAGGAAAAGUAGAACCAAAAGAAAUCCCUCGCUGUUUGCUUCCCUGCCUACUUAUAGUAUUUAUCUGGUAACUUGACAUCUUGGUGACAGCCCUGAUUAAGUCUAACAUGCAAAGGUGGUUGUGAUGUCCACAUAUUUCUCAUAAGGCCUUUCCUAAUUCGUUGUUUACUUUCUUUCAGAGUACGAACAGACAUUGCUGAUCUUAUAGAGCUGUCUACAAAAGAACAGGUACAAGUUUUGAAAGUCUACUUGUUUGAAUAGCUACAUGUCUUCAUGUUUCGCUGUGAAAUACUAGAUACCUCUGGGCAUUUUUCCCUGUCUAUUGUAAAAAACCAUGUUUAAUAUUUACCAUUAGGAAUCAACACCAGUGGUGUGGACCAGGUGUGAAUCCCAGAAACAGCACCAUUUGCCAUAAAUGAGUUUAGUUUGUUGUUGGCUCUUUCUCCCAGUUCUCAAGUUUUCCCCACUCCUCAAAAACCAACAUUGCUGAAUUCCCAUUUGAUCAGGAAUGGUAAAAAUAAAUCAAUUGACGCAUGUGCUACCUCUAAACCAUUAUUUAUUGUAUUUAUAGUUCAUUUAUAUCUACCAAACAGAAACCCUUUCAGCCAUUGUUCAGUUCCAUCCAUUAAUGGAAGUGGGAACUGACCUCUCCCAAUUUUGUCCUUUAAAUAGUAAUAUUCAGCUCGAUGUUUGAAAUGUUGCUGACUUUGAUUUUUUUUUCGCUGCAGUCAGAGGACAAUGAGGCUCUUAUUUUCUCAAAGAUAAUUUCCCUUGCAAGUAUGUUAUCUUGCAUAUCAUACAUAUCACUGCUCAGUCUUAAAAAAAGCAUCUCCUCAUAUGUAAAAUUGGCCUAUGGGCCAUUUACCAUCCUCUCCUGUGGAUACAUAACGACUUUCUGUCACUCAACCUGGCACUUCACAUCGCUGAUGAAGUUUGAGUGAUGCGGGUGAAACAUUCACUUUUGUCUCAAAUUUUGAUCUGAGUCUUAGAAUUUGCUAUACUGAAAUGUCAUUGCCGUAGCUGGUGAAAAACCUUUUUGGUAGUACUUGUAUAUGCGUGUAUGUUAGGCUUGGAAUGGAACACAAAUGGCAUUAUCAUUCCAUCCAGUAGAUAUUAAAAUGUCCUUUCAUCCUUACCAAUUGCUUCAGCAAUAUUAGUAGUAGCCAGGCUUGUUAUAAUUAUUUUUGGAAAUUGAUUCAAUAGUACUUCAAUAGUUUAGUUGACAGAUCGGAAAAAGAGACUUAAAUUAGGUAAAUAUUAAUUAACAUGAUAAAUUUCGCAAGAGGCUAUCUAAUGCAAAACCAAACAGGAUCGUUUUCCAUACACAUGUACACAGUUUGUGAUUAAUUGGCUACUUCCAGGGCUGUCAUUAAUUUUUAGAACAGCCUUGUAACAUCUCUCCAAAACUUUAUAGUGUCACCUUUAGCUUCCCACCACUUGGGGCUGAUUUGCGAUAUUAUUUCCCAAGCUUCUUUGUUUGGAAUGUGGGACUUUGAUUUUUUGUUUCACUUGAGAAACAUAACAUGUACAUUUUGGCAAAUUAUUUUGGCAGAGUAGGCUACUUUUAGCCCCUGAUGUUAAUUUAUUUCUUUUAUUUUUAGAUUUUUAUUCCUGCUGAUCGCUAAAUUAUUUUACUGUAGCAAUAACAAUAAUGCAAAGAAAAAGAGAACAAAAACUUAAUGUGAUAUUUAUGUCUCUUUUGAUUGUAGGAGCUUUUCCUGAUGCCUUUAAAUUUCAAGAAAACCUAAAGAAACUGCGGGAAAUGCUUCAGGAGCCAACUCUGAGAGAGUUGUUCAAGAAAAGCAUCAAUCCUGAUAUAGGAUGUUCGACAGUUUUCAAGGCAGUGGUAAGUACUUGUCCAAUGCCUUUAACUCCUAUCUUAGAGACAAUCACAAUCUUCCUGCACAUUUGCUAAGGAAGUAAUUGUUCCUUUUUCAGAGUGAUGUUGUUUUAAAGGUGGGAUCUAAGAAUCCUGUCCUAGAGACAAUAAAAGCUCUUCUGGACAGAGCAGCACCUCUGCUAGUGGAUGAACAGUGCAUCAAGAAACUGUUCAAGCUGGUAAAGGAUGCUGUGGAAGGGCUGUCUGAUUAUGAAGAUGAUGAGUAUGAAUGGCAUGAGAGCUCUGGAUCACGUCCUGUUGGGAAAAAGGGCCUGGAUUUGUUAUUGGUGAGUCUAAAUUCCUGUAAUUGAAAUACUAGGGACCUGUUGUGUCUGAGUUAGAUAUGUCCUGGAUGAAAUGCUAAUAAGAUGCACAUUGGUUAUGAUACCAUACGAUAAACAUGUAUGAUAGGAUUGACGUUUGAUGCAUUAUGAUGUAAUAUGCGAGGUGAUGUAUUAUGAUAUUAUUCAAUAUGUUACUGUUCAUAUCUGGCCAGAAGUAUAUCUGUGAUAAAAUCCUAGAUAAUUUACUUCCUUGAAGCCAUCAUGAAGUGUGCUUGUGAAUAAAAGUUAUCCAAAACAAAAUGAUUCCAGUAAAUAAGAAGAUUCAAGAAAUUAAUAUGAAAAUGGAAAGCAAUAAGUAGUAAGUUAUUGUGUAUCAUACGUGCCCUUUUGUAGCGAGAUUUUCGUAUGACCUCGAAAAGUGGUUUCGGUAAGUGUUCGUUAUUUGUUUCAUCAGCCGAUAGAUGAAAAGAUCAAAUUACGGCCUCUUCGCUUUCCCGCCAAAGAAAAUCCUAAUAUGGAGAAGACAUUAUCAUGUUGCAGUAUGACGUCAAAUUGAUUUCAAUUGAUUUCUAGAAAGUUCUCGGACAUGAAGUUUUUUCACCUGAGCGUUCAAUAAACGUAUUUCCGUUCAUUUGUUGUUUCUGUUUUGUUCACGCUUUUUCAUUUCAAGGUCAUAUGAAAAUCACUUCAUUAAGAAUUAUUGAUUUUUUUGGUUAGGCACUGGCCAGUGUGUUUCCGUCUCAGUUUCAAAAUGAUGAUAUUUUUCAACAACUAUUGGUUUUUUUGAAAAACAAAGAUCAAGAAAUAGGUAAGUCACUCAGGUCUCAAACAGCAGACUUGUGCAAUCUCUCUAGGGUGUUGAUGUCCCCCAAAAGAUUUUCAUCUGAGAUUGUGUAUACCUUUUCCUGCUUCUACUGGAUGUUUGCAAGGAACUUUUGACAUGAAUCAACAUAUCUUCAGCAAGUUUCCCAGGCCCUUGCUAGUACAAAAUAUAUUAUUUUAAUGAAAUCCUUACUUUGUCACUCAUUUGUUUUAAACUCAGAGGAUACCCAAACCAAAAUAAACCCAAAAUAUUACAUUUUCGUAGUCGGCUCCAAACAUGACUGGGAUUUUGCGAGAGAAUGGAGUAGGAAAAGAUGGUGUUGGGUUCUUUUUAUGCUCUGCUUCUCAUUUUCAUUCUUCUCUGUCGUUAGUCUUCAACCAUAUUAUGAUUUUUAUGUCAUUUAUUUAUAAACUGUAAACUUUCCUAAAGUGAGCCUUAAUCUUCAUUUCGUUUUUUGCACGCACUGUCCCACCUCGAAUAGCCUUGCUAGCUGCAAGAAGUGUUUUUGUCAUAUUAUUUUGGUUACAUGUGAGGUAUCUAACUUCUGCCUCUCAUUUCGAACUGCUCUUCCCUACCGUACUGGAACAGGCUUUUGACAAUAGCAGUGUCUGGCAUAAAAUGUUUUACUAGAUCCCUUCCUUUUGAUAGCUUGGUAAAUUGGAUUUAAAAUUAAAAUUGCUGAAUUAACCAAUAAACGUUAUAUUCUAUGUUAUAUUUGCAGUUGAUCAGGCACUUAAGAUGCUUGCCUUGACCGGUGAUGGCAUUGAAAAAGUGAAUAAAUCACUAGCAAAGUAAGUUCUUUUAUAAGCAGGGCUCGUACAGGAUCUUGAAUUCUUGUAAUAGUCUUGAAAUUUGCCCAGCAGUUUUCCAGACCUGGAAAAAGUCUGGAAAAUAGAGACAAAGUCUGAAAAAAUGGUAAAAAGUCUUGAUUUUUUUUUUCAAGGCUAACAAGUGCUUAAUAUAAUUGAAAACGUUUUCGUUUUGGUCAAAUCUUAUCCAAUCUUAGCGUUAUGUUUGCAGCGCACCAUGAAAAAAUCUUUGUUCCUGCAAGUUUAAGGUCUCUAAUGAUCGACUAUUUGAUAACCUUGAGUCUGGAAAAAGAAAUUAUUAUUUGGGAAAAAGUCUGGAAAAAGUUGUUGAUUUUGAUCGAGAAAUCUGUACAAACCCUGUAUAAGUGAAGUAAAAACUGAGUCAAAUGUUCUUGUUACGCAUCUGUUCUGAUUGUUUAAAGGCCAAUAAAUAAUAUAUUUUACUGCAAGUUAUUGGUAGGAAUCAGCUGAGAUUUCUUAAUUGGAAUUGGAUUCACCAGAUCAAUUGAUCAUCGAUUUUCUUUCGUAAAAAUCUCUUUAUAUAAAUACCAUUCUUUAAAUAAAUACCAUUUUUUUUCCACCUGUAUGCAGGUCAAGGUUACAUAAAAUUUAGCGUUUUUUUUACCGUGGACCACUUCUAAAUUAAACAUGGCCACUAUUCUGUCUUUUAUAAAGUAACCAAAACGCACAAAAUGUAAAUAUGUAACUGGCUGUCGCUGAACAUUUUCCUUAACUGAUCAAUUGUUCUAUUUGAUGAUUGGCACAUCACUACUGCAGGUAUGCUUAUAGAAAAUUUAAAAUCCAAAACUGUCUCAAAUGUAUGAAGAUUAAUGUCAUACUGCUUUCUGUUCUCCAUUAGUUAUUACCACCCAGUAUUGUCAAAACUAGCGCUGAAAGGAACGCCUUGCCAAGCCAAGCACUCUCUGAGAUCAAUUGCAAAGAUGGCUGCUUCUACCUCCCAGCCUUUUGAUCGUAUUUUUACAGUAAGUACUCGGAUGUUGAUGCAUGUCUGGUAACAGUGAUAAGCUAUUCAUCUCUGCUUUUGCUCUGACUCUUUCUCCGGAUAGUUUGUGGGCGAUAUUGCAGGGGCACCGAACGGCAAUUUUCGGGAAAAUAUCUGUUCGGAAGACGAUUUGAGAUCUAGAAUUUUCGGAGCAUUUGUUGUAAAAUUUCUUGCUUGCCUGCCUCCCCUAGGAUUUUCGAACAUCUACAAAAUGGUAUAAUUACCCAUUUUUAACGGAUUUUGACCCUAAAAAAGGCCACCUAGAAUUUUCGGGAGCCUUUUGCUGGCUGAAAUUUUCGAGAAGGUAAGUUUUUAUCCCUAUAAUUUUCGGAUCACUAGACUUUCAGCUAGGAAAUCCGAACAGAUGAAAAGCUUUUAGGGGAUAAAAAUAUGCCUAUAUCUACCCUUUGAAUACUAAAAUACGUUCAAUAAUGCUAUGUUAAGUGGUUUUGAACUAUAUCCUCGUUGGGUGCCCCUGAUAUUGGUUGACCUUUUCUUUCCCAGUAGUGACCAGAAUCAUAAUUUGAUCAAAAGUUCCAAAUUUCACCUUGUAAAAUACUAAAAAACAAAUACAGUAGAACCUCUAUACAUGGGACACCCUCACGCUCAAGGAAAGUGUCCCAUGAAGAGAGGUUGGUCUUGGGUUUGUCAAUAAAUAGCCCUUUUUUUUCUUCUAUUCUGCCUCGGAAUCUGCUGCAGUCAUUAUUUCAAGCAGCUAGACAAUGUAGAAAAAAUCUUGAUUAACUUAUCUCUGCGGUAUUGUGUGUUGAAAUCCCACAAGUACAGUACAUCGAUGUAAGUGAGAUAGCUCAUUGUAUUGAAAUCUGUGAUCAUUGUGAUUAGAAUACACUUGUGGUCACGUCUCGAUAGCUAAGGUGUGCCCUAAAUGAAGCUUAAAUUUUGGGUUUUGGGACUCGGAAAAAGUGUCCCUUUCCCCUGAAGAGAGGUGUCCCCUCAGUGGAGGUGACAGAUAGAAAGAUUAUGUGAACAGUUUUCCGGGGCCAAAUUUUGUGCCCCUGAAUAGAUGUGUCCCAUUGUAGAGGUUCCACUGCAGUAUUUUGUGAAAGUAUCGCCAAAGACUCCAUUAAUCUCUUUGGGAAUGACAGUUGUUAAGGGUUAGAGAUUAAUGUUUUUUACUGGUUACUGAACGCCCGCAUUUUGUUAAAUGAACAGGAAAUUUUUGUUCUACCAAAGAUUAUGCAUACAGUCUUAUUAUGUUAGCUAAGCAGACUAAGUUUGUGUCGAAAUGGUAUGGCCAAUUUUUUUUGUCGUAGAACCUCGUGAGCUCCUUGACCUACGAUUGUCCGCUUCUGCUGACAACACUGACAGCUCUUGGAGAGAUUGCGUUAUUGGCACCAACGCUGUUUGAAACCCAGCGGCCGGCAAUUGUACGGGAUUUUAUAGUCAAGGAAUUGCUGAUGAAAGACAGGGUAAGUUCAAAAUGCCUUGUCAGUUGUGUUGUGUGAAAUGUCUAAGGCUGUGGAGAGGCUCUGGUAAGGGAUGAGGCGAAAAAGCGUAAGAAGAUGAAGAAGAGCUAAAGGCAAGAGAGGGAGGCGCAUUGCCCCUCAACUCGUUUCGGUCACCUCUCCAGGCUGGUGAUGUGAAGUCUAACUGUAAUCUCCCUGGUUUGUGCGUCACUAGGAGGCUAGACUACGAGUAGUCCCCCAUUUUUCCUCAGGGAUAGUAGAGCGAGCAAAACGCGAGUGCGCGUGAAAAUCAACCCACGCGCGUGAGGAAAAAUGGGGGACUACUCGUAGUCUACUAGGAGGCAACAAUAAAUGCUUUCCUUUUGGCGGUUAGUUUUCUAGCAAUUCACCUCAAAAUUGCUACACGUAUAACUUUUAUUGUACUACAGUUUUGUGCAACAAUUUUGUUCAGCAUGACAGUCUUGAUUCCCUAAGUGUUAAAUAAACGUUUUCUUUUAACGGCAGGGUGUGGCAGCUAACUCUGAUGAAAGCGAGAGCUCUUGGUGUGAUGACAGGGAUGUUACCCAUGAAACACAAGCCAAGGUGAGUAGAAAGCAUACACCUGAUAAAGUCUUACGAGAGAAAAUAUCCCAUGAUUCUUGGUAAGUCUCAGGAGUAAAAAAUUUCCCACGAUGCUUGAUUUUCAACCCUCGUAACGAGGCGACCAUGUGGUUUAAAAAAAAAAAAGGUCAACUGCAAACCACCAUCAAUACUUUUGAAAACAGUUCCUUAGAAAAUAUCCUCAUGCUUGUCGAGUAGUUCAAAAGAGGGUUUUCUCAGAGGAGCGGUACUUUGCAAAGAUGCGAGAAAGACCUGCUAGGGUUACCAUUGGAUUAUCAAAUUAAAUAAGUUUGUAAAACGAUGUUUUAGCAACCACUUUGGUAGCGGUAGCGAGACUUUGGUCAUGAGGACAUGCAACAAAGUAAAAAAAUAGCGAUAAUUACUUUGUCAAGCGCCAUUUUCCUGGCGUUGCCUUUGUAACAGUCCAUAUUUUGACGUGAUGCGUGUUUUCUUACAAUUAAUUGUUAGAUCAAAGGGAUACGCCUUCUUGUCAAGUGGUUAAGAGGCCAGGAUAGGAACCAUAAGACAUAUGUACAACCUGUUCUUAGAUUACUUGAUAGCAUGCUCGCUCACAAAGGAGAUUUACAACAACAAGGAUGUGUGAGGUACAGUCGUAAGGUUGAUUCAAAUUGUAAAAUAUUCUUAUCUAGCAAGUCUGUGAAAGUUUAUACCAAAAUAUUAAAUGUUUGCAAGUCCAUAGCGACAAACCGUUGAGUGGUGCCGGAUCUCACAGUUGUAGACUGGAUCAGUACAAUAACAACUUGUAAAAGUGGGUUGAGUUUGAUCGUCCGGGUGAACUUGUAUAACAUAUAAAACGGCAAGCUGAUCCUUACGACAAGGCAAGGGACAAGUGAACAAAAGAAUAAAACAACUAAAUAUAUUUAUACACAUUUGCCCAAGAUUUUGGUUUGAAAGACAAACCUUCAGGGGCUAAAAGAAAAAUGAUGAUAAAACUGAAAGUUCAUUACAAAUAAGGGUUUGAAAAUACCAAAUUAAAACAAUAGGUUGUGAUUGUUUCCACUGUUUAUACUGCUCUUUGUCUCAUGUACUAAGGUUAAUAUCGAUUAACAGUCAAGGCGUUCGUUGGUUUUUUACGUUUUUUUUUUUUUGCAUUUCCUUGUUCGGCGAUUGGCUGAAAAAUCUCAUGCCACUUUCUUAACCUGUCAGAAGUAAAACCAGAUCAAAACCAGUCGUUACUUGGUUACACAUAGACUACGAGCAGUCUCUUUUUUUUUCUUGGUCCGUCGAGCAAAACGCCCGAGACACGCAAAUGACCACGCGCGUGACUGAAGGCUCAAGACGGGAGAGGCAGACGGGACGGGAGAGGCUCGAAACGGGAGAGACGUUUCUCGCGUCUCGCGGCUUCGCCGCUCAACGCUCGCGGGUGCGCUCUCUCCCCUUACUAAAUCUAAAGAAAAAGAGAGACUGUUCGCAGUCUAGGUUACACAAGUUUUUCAGGGCCUUCUUUAAGUUCUGAUUAAUUAGUUGGAAUGUGCGCGUCUAUUUUGAUGGGCCGGGAUAAUUACUUUUAGGGAUAGAUUUUUUGUUUUCUCUUUACUACGACACCCAAACUCAUCGUGCAAUUAUUCGUGCAGCGAAAACAAAAUAAAUUUCUACUGUGACGAAUUGUAGGACUUAUCCUUGGAUGUUUUCCUUUUUGGCUAGAGCUGCUGAUUGUUCACGACUUCGCCUGGCUGCAGCUUGUGGUAUUAUUAAGAUCGCUCAAGAAGCUCACUGUAUUGAAUAUAUAACUCUUGAAAUCUUCCAACAACUUUCACUCGUUAUGCAGGUAAUCGAUUACGAGUAGUCCAGUUGCACAUCUCCCAUAAUACAACUUGUUCCCCGCCCUCCCCCCCAAAAUUUUGCAUAAGCAAAGAGAGAUCAUAAACGUAGGUUAUGCAAUUUAUUUUUUUUGUGGGAGGGGGGGGGGGGUGGGAGGCAAACAAGGUGUAUUAUGGGAGAUGUGAAAAUGGCGACUGAAGUUUACUUUGUACGAAACCUUUUGAACUUGUGAACACAACAAAAAAUCAUCGUCACCGUUGUUGGGUAGGGGGGCAAGUGUUGCUCAGCGGUGAAAGCAGUCGCCUCCCACAAAUGUGGCUCCCAGAAAUGUGCGCUAGAACUAAAACCUCAAAAAAUCCCUGGACAGAAACUUAACCCCCCACCCCCAUCCUCAAACACCAACUUUUCUGAAAUCUAAUUCGAUGUGAAACACCCAAAACGAUGUUAAAAAAGAGCCGAGAGUUUGGUGGAGAAAAACUUAUGGGUCAUUAUUUUUGAUAGUGUAUAUUUUACCUAUGCAGGACCCUUGUUAUGAAGUUCGGGACAAGUUUACCAAAAAACUGCACAAAGCGGAAGAUUUACUUAAACUUCCCCUAGAGUAUCUGGGGAUAUUUGCUCUUGCAGCACCUGAGCCUGUCAAGGAAAGAAGGAAUGAGGUAAACUUAGGAGAUGUUACUUGCUUGAUUUAAUACCGUAUUUUCGAGAGUAAGCGCCCGUCACUUAAUUAUGAUGUCGGCUUUUGGAUGGGCGCUCAUUGGAAGGAGUGCGCUUAGUCAAGGGGGGCUCUUAUUAAGUUCUCCGGUUGGUAAUCAAGCGUACCUUAGUUCCAUUGUACGUUUUGCACAGGGUUAUCAAUAUAGUGGCAAUAGAAACAGGUUUUCCUUGCACCCUUACUAUAAAAAAAGUGAUGGGAGAAGGGAGGGGGGGGCCUGUUUGAUACUCUGGCCUAAGGAGUGAGUGCUUAUUCGGGGAAAAGCGCUCAUUAGAGCGUGCGCGUUUAUUCGAGGAAAUAAGGUACUUUAAUAUGUUGUGAAGAGAUGCGUGGCCUGCUGAGGGGCAUACCAGAGGACUGCCUUUUUUCCGCUUCAACUAAGACAUUCUUCGCUGGGGUGACAAAGCGAGGGAGUGUUAUAAGUUUCUCUUCAAGAUUUUAUCGCUUUAUUAGUUUACUAAAUUUUAGACACGGUUCUUUAGUUUUAAAAAGUAGUUGUUUGUUCGAUGCAACCGUUGCAAUUGAUGCAACUGUUAGACUUGUUCGUGGGUAUACCCAAUAAAAACAGGGCUUAAUUGGCCGGGAUAAGCAAAAAGCUACGGUUAGGGCCCUGAGUAGAAUAAUGCGUCUUCUUGUUAAAAAACGGGCCUUUUAAAACUACGACCGCGACGGCAACGGGAACGUCUAAAACGCAAUAGGUUUUAUGAACAAAACAAAUACUCUGCUGUGCAUCAGGUUUUUUGUACAGUUCUUUGCCGUCGUUGCACGUUUACGUCAAGAAAUGACCAAAUUUUGAGUUGACUUGAGAACGGGAACGGCAAGUUAUCUCUGAACUCGACCGCGGUCUCCUAUCUUUCGCAGCUCCAAUCUAACUUCACUGCUUUCAAGUAACUGGGUGACGUGGAAUAUAGGGCGGAAAAGUUUCAAAGGACGCGAAGUCUAUUUUUCGUUGUCGGAUCGUAAGGUCCCUAAAGAUGCAUCAAGACGUCCCCGUCCACUUUAGCGUUUGCAUCGUUUUCCGCCUUCCACACUAAGCUGUUUCCGUUUAUAUCUUGCCUAAACCCACUCUGCAGCUGCACCUUAGUCUUGUGGCUUGUUUUUGACGGAAUUAAAACCGUAUGUUUUUGCCCCUUAGGUUAGACAAAUGAUCACAAAGAACGUCAAAACAAGAAGAGAUUACUUAAAGCAACAUUCAUCAGCCCAAGGUAAGUGAGGCUCAAGCAAAGAAGUGAAGGAUGCUUGACGGCCGCACCUCUCUCAGCAAACAAUUGUUAACAGUGAACUCAAGGAUUAAAAUUUCUUGGCAGAAAGAGGCUACCGUAAUGAACCAGUAAAAAAUAGUUCGAAGAAUGUCUAUAUGACAUCUUAAGAAGAAUGAAGAAAUCAUUGAUGGCGGGAGUCAUCGAUAAAUAAAUAAAUAAAUAAAUAACGUCUUUAUUAAAAAGCAUCCGAUAAAAUUACAUAUCUGAUGUUACAGUAAAAAUAUAUAUCGAUAGAAAAAAUUACAAUGACUAAGAUGAAUAAAAAAGAUUAAAUUGAUUAAAAAUACAUAUGGGGUAUUUACACAGCUAGAUUAUAUUUAAAAAUUAAUCUAUUAAAAAAGCUAUCUUUGAAACGUUCAGUGUUAAUGCUGGGCCUGACAACGGAUAUCCUUCGAAGGUUUACAAUACAGUCUUUGUACCUUGGGAGCAAGCUUUUUAGUGGAUGGUCAUCGCGUUUGAGGUUAUAAAAAAGGCGUCUGUCGCUUUUCUCCAAAAGUUCAUAUAUGUUGUAAUUGACCGACGUAUAACGCCUCUUAUAGCAUCUUUUUAAAAACCUUUGUAUAACAGUAAGUUCGGAAACACUUCCAGCAUAAACUGAAAGACCGUAUAAUAACUUAGGGAUCACAAUUGAAUUAAAGAGGUGGUCUAUUUCAUCUUGUGUAUAUCCCUCUUUACGUAGGCUUCUGAUGACAAAUAAACACUUGUUGGCUUCAUGGAGCUUGGCCUUGACAUGCAAGCCAAACUUACAAUUACCUUGAAUUGUGACGCCUAGUAAAGAAAUGUUACUAUAUUGUUUGAUAUUGUGAGACAUUGGGUAGACUGUUGAAUUGCCUCUCUUACGCAUAAUUAGGUCCUUACAUUUACUAGUGUUACAAUGCAUGUCAUUUGCAACAGUCCAAUCCAUAAACUUGGACAACGCAAUAUCAGAUAUAUCCGGGGAAUCUUUAGUAAUCGUGACUAAGACGGUUGAAUCGUCUGCAUAUUUAAACAAGGAUAUAUCUUUGUACCCAUCUAUCUCUAGGUCAUUCAAAAAUAUGUUGAAAAGAUAUGGGCCACUGACACUUCCCUGUGUUGUUCCCUUGUUAACAAUUUUCCACUGGCAAUAGGUCCCUAUGUAUUCUGCAAAUGUUCAUACCCGCCUUAUUUUAUAUAAUCAAGACUAUCAAUUUCUCUAUAGGUCGGUGUAAAAUGAUAUCUUAAAGGAUCGAAGCUUUUGCGCGUAGUAUUUAUUCGACGAACUUUAACUCUUUCACUAUGGUAUAUGGUUAAGACUGUCAAUCCCCAUGAUCGUCAUCUUCCAUUACUUUUUUUUCUCCUUUUAUUUUUAGUAUGUUCACAGUCCAUUUUGCCAGAGUAUGCUUUGCCCUGUGUUAUUCACAUGUUGGCGCAUCAUCCGGACUUCAGACAAGACGAUCAUGAAACCCUUGUGCAAUUCAGAGAGUAAGGAAUUUUGUUAAUGGAACCCCUUCAGUUCUAAGACGGCCACCUGGAGUUGCUCCUUGCCGUUCUUCACUCAUUAAAUUUUACUCUUUGUGAGGCUGAAACGUCUUUAAAAUGUACCCAGCGAUCUCCAUCUCAGGGCGCUUACCAAAAUUCCGAACUACAUACUCGUUUUCUUUUUGUUUGUGCUUCUUUGUUUUGCUUUAUGCUGUUUGUUCGUUUACUUGAUUUUUCUCUAUACCUAUUCAGUAUUGGAACUUCACAUGGUAUACCCUAUAUUCUUAGCAAGUCUAUAAUUCAUAAGCCCACAGCUUCUAUAAGAGACAUCACUGUUUAUAAACAUUGUUUUUGUCAUUCAAAUUUGUAACGAGUGGAACAAAAGAAUCUUUUGUAGAAGCAAUGCGCUUCUGGUUUGCAAAUUAAUACCAGUAGGUGACGUCAGCGUGAGUAUUGCUAUAUGGACUUUUGCCAUAGCCAUUUCGAACAUGUAUAAAAUUAAGUAAUUAAAUUUAAUGUAAUUAUUGAAAAUGUAGGUACCCUGAAGGUAGCAUUUUUUAUGUAGUUUACUGUAAAAUGUAUGAAAUGAAAAUGGAAAAUGAAAUGAACUAGCCAGCCCAGCGCUCAUUUUUAUAAAUACUUUUCUCCAAAAGUUUAAGCUAAAAAUCCAUUGCAUUGGUUUUUAUAAUUUAUUUGUUUGUUUUGCAAACUGUUCCAGCUACCUGUGGUUCUUCAUGGAACCGAUUUUAGCCAAAGCAGAUAAUUACAGCUUCCUAAAGAAGUUAGUAGAAAACGUCAAGCAAACAAAAGACGCCCAGGCUCCCGAUGACCAGGAAGUGAACAAGGUAGAUAUAAGCCCACCCUCCCCUCCCUCCACCUAACCCAGCCCGCUUACUUUACGUCAAAAUGGAAAUCCUGUCCCAAAGGGGUGAUUCAGUUCAAUUUUAUUCUUAGUUCAAGCGUUAUUUCUCUUUGUUUCGAACUCCGUAUCACCCAUUUCAACAACCUCGUCUCCAAAGCCAGGGAAAAGCGCGCUUUGCUGUUUCAAAACUUAAAAACCAAACUAAAAUUAAGAUAGAAGCAAUUACAACAUUGAAAAAUCACAUGCACAUCCAAAGGUCAAGCUGUUAUUAAAAUAAAAGGCGAAACGCUCUAAGGCCAAAAGACAAUACUCUUACUUCAAAAAAGCAAUUAAAUUACUGAUAGUUUUAUUAUUUUCCUUUAUAGAACCUUUACACUGUCUGUGAUCUGGCGCUCGGACUCAUAUUAAACAAGGUAAAUGUCUUUGUUAUAAGUGUCAUACAAUGAAAGCUUAUCCCCUGUAUCUAGCUUAAGAGCUUCCGUGUUAAAACUCAUUUGUGGUUGUUGUCGUUAUUAUCCCUGUAUUAAAUCUGUAUUGAUCAUGAAAACAGACGCAACUUUACGCAGGGAGAGGCUCAUUUUACCAUAUAAAGUUGAUUCAUGAUCACGCAGUAGCUAUUGCGUUGAAAAGGAGGAGAGGCACUGCCUUAAUGUGUUUAGUGACCUGCUCAGCAGAGUCUGAAGUAUAUACCCUCAUUCAACACCUAGAUCAAAAGUGGUGGCUGGUUGCUCAGGUGAUGACGUGCUCGCGCACGUAAGGUCCUCCAGAUGUGAUUGGCUUAAAUUCCCGCAAAUUUUGAUUGGCUAGAGUAAUUGCUCUGGCCAGUUUAGCCAAUCAAUUAAUCUACGACAAUCCGUUAUGAGUUCUAGUCAGUUAUGGUUUCCUGGUAAUACAGAUAGUAAGGAAAAAUAAGGUUUACACUCGAAUCCGAAGGUCUUGCUAAUAAACCCCUCUUUUUCUGCAAAACACCAUUGAUUGAUUUUCCCUUUGUUUCUCCUAGGUCCACUCAUUCGUACUGAAAGAUUUUCCUGGUAAUGUAGUUUUACCAAAAAAAUUCUUUGUCCCGUCCGACAAGGUAAGAGUUUUUGUGAAAUCUAGACUUGGCCACGUUCGUGACACCACUUUUUAAUCGUUUUUUUUUUAAAUGUAGCUAUCACGGUUCUCGCGUUUUACGCGCGCCUCUUAACCUACUUUGAUGAUAACUGAAAUAAGAAACUGUCCACAGUCUUUAAAACAAAAUAAUUAUCAAUUCUAUGUUGCAGAUGGGUACUCCCAACACUAAAAGUUAUCUUCCAAAAGGGUUCGUUUUUGUGGCUUCCAAGGUAAGUUCCAAUACAAUGUGAGACUAAGUGCUGUUUAAUACACGAAUAGUCUAGCCCCUCAGUAGGGUUCUUCGGAAGCGCGGGCUUCUUUUAAAGAGGGAUAAUGUAUCUUUCGUAUUUAGUCCUUAACACUUUUGUUCGAAAAUAAAAUAAAAUAAAGUAAAAAACAUGAUAUAACAUAAGCAAAGGUGGGUAGAUAAAGGUACUGUCCUCGAGGAUAAAAUCUGGAAGUUUACGCAACCACUACGACAGCAUUGAAAACGUAUUCUUGUUCUUUCAAACUUUACUCCAAUUAUUCCGUCUGGUUUAACUUGUCAGGUGUGAGCGAAUUUCCUUGAAAUGAAUUUUAAGAGACCGCAUUCAAGUAAAAAAUAAUAGAGCAAGUUAUCAACUUUGCCAUUAAGACAUUUGUGGUCGUAGUCGCAGAAAGUAGACGUUCAUUGAAGUUCUUUUUUUUCUGUUAUCAUGAACUUGUUUAGGGUCAGAAGAAAGGUGGAGUGGCUGAAUCAAAAUCAGCGUCUGGGAGGACAACAUCAAAAUCAUCGGCCAAACGUAACAAGAAACCACUAGCAAAGUCUCAAAACAGGUAUGGAGGAAUUGGUGUAUACGAUGUGUUGUGUUAAAGCUCUAAUUUAUAUGAAGUUAAAUGAAAUUUAACGCAGUUAACAGCAAGGAGCGCCAUCGCAUGUUGUCGGUCAGCGGUCAGUGCAGUGGCUCAAGCGCGAUCAGUCUUGCUUGCAUCAGCUCCAUGUGCUUAGUACAAGUGCUAAGUUAACCACAAAGCACGAAGGCUCGCGAUUUCUCUCAAGAUGGUGUCUUAGUUAAGCUGGACAUGAAAAGCUUCUGUUUUAUUCUGCCCUCGUCUAACUGUCGGCAAUGAGCUAUGCUCUGUGACUGUUGGUUUAUAUCAAGUUCUCGUCGGCUUGCUAUUUUGUCUGAAACAACGGGCACAACUAGGGAAAGUGCAAAACUUCAAAGGGAGUAAAGCUUGAGGUUAAUUCUCCCAAGCAAACCCCCAGCCUCCCUCUUCCUCUCCCCCGCUCAAUACAUUAAUGCUGCUGCUGCGAAUCCCCUUUUCGUGUUAUACGAGUUAUCCUGGGCAAUUCUGAACGAACUCAGUCAUGGAUUUUAGUCAAUCAAGUGGAAGGUAAUGAAUAGUUGACGCGAUGCUGUAAGUAACAGCUGCGUUCUUCGCGGGUCCAAUGUGAGCUCGCUUCGUGUGUUUGCCAAUUUACUCGUAGGAGUUCCAAGACGCCUAAGAAUUCUUUCAAGGAGAAGGUGAAAGAGCUGCAGGCUGAGAUAGAGGAAGAAGAAUCCGAAGAAACUCCUGAGAGUGGCUUUGGUAGCCCUGCAGAAAAAGAGCAGUCAUCUCCGAGGUAAUAAAGCCACCUGCAUUAGAGACCUUUCGAUUCAAGGACGAGAAUUAGCUCAAAGUUUUGUUGCUAUAAUCUUUAAAAAAAAAUCUGGAGAACUUCAUUGUUCUGUUUUUCCCAUGAAAAGGUGACAGGAUUAUUUAUACUGGAGAAAGUUAAGCCCUCUCCCGAUUGCAAAAUGAUAAAACUUCUAACAUUUGUCAUUUCAUCAAUACGGCGCCUUUCGCUAAAACCCAUAACAGAACAUGAUGAUGACCGCUUUCACGUUUUCUCGCCAUAAUGACGCUGGUUUAAGAGCACGUACUUCUUACUAAGUUAGUAUUGAGAAUGGAUUAGGGAGCUUAAUUAAACAACAACUGCAACGGAAGCGAAACGUCACCCAAAAAGUGAGUUUUCGCUGUUUGACAUUUCAUCGCACUUAUUCCAACUCUGUUAAUUUGUCAAAUGGUUGCGACGUUUCCAUUAGUUGAACUCUGAAGGACUGUAUCUAAGUUCACAAAAAGAAAAAACAUCGUUGUCCUAUGUUUAUGUCCUCCACAGAACGUGAAACUAGGACUUUUCACUUCGCAGUCGUUCAGUGACAGCAAAGAAAUGUACAAAAAUGCGUGAUGCAGGUGCAAAGUUUUUGUUUUGCCAAUCUAGACCUAGCCGUCGCUCGUUCGUAUGGUCGUCCUGGUUUUAGAAUCUAAAGGUCUCAUAUUUUGUCUUCAUGACUUACAGUCAAACCAGGUCAAGCGUUCCCGUCGCUAACGAACUAAUGAAUUCAUUCACGGAAAAAUGAUUUCGUUUGUUGAUUCAAUAAUCCAUUCAUAAAAUGAACAAUCCAAUAGUCAUAUUUAGCCUCGAUUCCAUAAUCGAAUGUUGAUUCGAUUACUGUUUUCUGAAAAAUUACACUUUCCACAAGUUGACCUCAGAAUUUUGUUUUUUCCUCUUUUUUUUCUGAGUCGAGUGCUGGCGUGUUCUGAAGUUCAAACCCAAACAAACUGUUACAUGUACGCCAGUUUGCUGCCAAUAAUCAGUGCAACAGACCUAGGCCUGACCUCUUAGAAAACACGACGGUCAAACUGAGGUCAGUGUAUGUGCGGUGAUUGGUGGAUUUCGAUCCUCGGCCUUUGUCAGUUUCUUUGCGUUUGCGGCCUGUCUAUUCUAGCUGUUAUUUUGAUUAAAGGCAAUGAAAAACGCAAUCGUAAACGGCAGGAAAAGGGAACCAAAUACGAUUGAACACAACAGACAAGAAUAAAGAACAGGUAGAUUUUGUUCAUAAACCAAAUCAACAUUUGAUUGUUGAAUCGAGGUACAAUUUGACCGUUGGAUUAUUCAUGUUAUGAAUGGAUUAUUGAAUCAACAAACGAAAUCAUUUUUCCAUUAAUGAAUUCAUUAGUUUGUUAGCGACGGGAACGCUUGACCUGGUUUGACUGUAAAGUCCGUCUGUCUUAGAGAAAAUCGGUGAUAUAACUACAAAAUGGAAGGGGCCGAAUCUAGGUCUGUCCUCGUUAGGGACCUAUUUUGAACAGAGAUAGACUGUGAAAGUAAAGGUGAUGUUACACGAGACGAUUCGCAACGACGACUUUUAGAGCAACGCAGCGUUGCAACGUUGUAGUGAUAUUGUUUCGAAUUGUUCCAACAUUGCAACCCUGUGUUGCACUAAAAAUCGUCGUUGCCAAUCGUCCCGUGUAAAAUCACCUUAAAGAAGUUCCUCACAGCCAUAAAGUCGCAACUUAUGCUGCCGCGAAAAGAAAGCCUAAAGAAGUUCAAGCCGGAUUCGAACCCUGACCUCUGUGAUACCGGCGCUGUGCGCCAAAAACCCUCACUUUCAAAAUGAGGCUAGGUACACAACCUUUCUUGUGAAAAUGAGUUUUAUUUGCAUGAGAAUGAAAAAUGAUUUCCACAUCAAAGGCUGAGCAUCUACCCUCGUUUUGAAACAGAGGCCCGGGGGAACUCGGAAAUGGCCUACUGAGCUAGCAAGCCAACUUGGAACUGGUCAUUAGAUUGGUUCGUAACGUACCCGCGUUGGAUGAAGAUGAAAUGAUGAGUACAACAUGCAUGCGGCAUGAAUUUCAUAUAUUUGAACCGCGGAAUGAAGAUUAAAGAAGGUCGUCGUAGUUUAAGUGGCAACUCAGAUUAGACUAUGUACAACGUAGUUUUUAUCGAUGUGUCGGUAAUCAACCUCAAAACUCAGUGGAAUCUUUAGUUUGGAACAGUUCCUGUUAGGGAACACAAACCUUUCUCCUGCAAAUACCUUCAUCAUUUUAAUCUCUCUCUGGAACUGUGCCUACUGCUUCCGUCGGCUCGCCCUCAAUUUUUAAUCGUUCUUCAUCUAUGUGCAAAUGCCUUAAAACAGUUUGUAACCGUGUAGUUUCAGUUCCUGUGAUUUGUAUCCAGGUUUUGUCGCAAAUGAAGUAUAACUUGCCCGGCGUUAUUUAUUUUCCUUUGUGAUCUUCUCACAGGAAAAGAGGAAGACCUUCCGACUCAUCUGAAAGAACUCCAAACAAAGGCAAAAAAGCGUCCUCGGAAGAGUCAUCAAAGAACUUAUCGUCACCGCCUUCUGCGAAAACACCACUCAAAGAAAGUAAAAGAUCACAAAACAAAAAGGAUUCGUCCCGUUUAAAAAGUCCGCAAAGACGCUCGCCUUUCGUCAAAGCAGACAAACUGUCUUCGCCUAGCAAAUCGUCCGCUAGGUAAGUGUCUUACAGCUUUAAUUGAACACCUUUCUCCACUCAAGAACAAUGUGGCAGGCCUCCUUCUCUUCAAGGGAGACAUUAUACUCAGAGUAUUUGAGUUGGUCGUGGACAAGUUUUAGCCAACGUGUUCAGUGGAAAGAGAAUUGAGUGGGAAAACAGCGAGUACGAGGUGUUAGGGGAUAAGCAGAGCGAUGAUAAGUGAAUAAUCUUCAAAAAAAAAAAAAGUCCCGUUUCGCUCUCCCUUCCGCGCCAUUCACAUAUCUGAGCGCUUAGAAAAGGGUGGAUAAGUUGGUUUCAAAAAUCUUCAUAACACUCAACGUAGGAUUCAGAAAAAGGCUUUUCAUGUGCAAAGUCUCAUCUGACGACGGGUGAGUUCUGAAAGAUUUCAAAAAAGAGGCGUUAUCUCUCAGAGAUUUGACGAGUUAUUCUUUAGUAAUCACUUUCUUGGCCGGUUAAAAACCUGAAAGGAAAUUGUAAUCACCGUUUAUUGUUGGCCGUAUAGAAAAAAAUUGAACAAAAAGCUCUUUAGUAUAUUGUUAAUAACUAAUAUUCUUUCCCAACGUUAGGAGUCCCCGUAAAGGGCGAGCCACGAAACGACUGGAGUCAGAAUUAGAUACUUUACCAGAAGAUGAACCCACACCAGACAGUGGCACAUCCAGUCUGGACUCACCCAAGAAACCUCUGAGUUCAAGGUAAAACACGGAACUCUGAUUUUUGUUUUUAACAUCACUACACCAUACUUAUAUUAGACUUUACUUCAAUCAAUGCGCAGACAAAUAUCGCUGCAGGGAAAUCCUAAAGCUAGAGGAGGAAAGCAAGUGAAUGGAUUGGUAAGCUUGUUUUUGCUGAGGUAGGCUUGCCGUUUAACGUGUAAUUCAAACAGUCCUUUCGCGCUAAUGAAGUUGCUUUUUUCGUUUUUCAGGAGGCUAAAAGUCCAAGUAAAGCAAAAAGAAAGGUAUUUUUGUUUAUUUUUAUACUUUUUCUGCAAAGUACAAGGUUUCAAGAAAAACACUCUUUUGUACGUGUUCGUUUGGAAAUAUGAUUUUUGGCAGUAUUAUUUGUAGUCGCACGUAUUAUAACUUGAGUGUUUGCUUCUUUGUGAUUUUCUCUCAGAGAGCCUUGUAAUCACCGGUGACGGUAAAAGAAAAACAUGAGUUAGGCCCCGUCCACACGUAUCCGGAGAUUUUUGUAUCCGCAAAUUUUUUUAUGCGGAUACACAGCGUAUACAGAAAUUUCCACUCUGGAGAGCGUAUACAGAAAUCUCCGGAUACACCGAGCGUAUACGGCGGACACGUGUGGACGCUAGGUGUAUCCGCAUAAAAAAAUUUGCGGAUACAAAAAUCUCCGGAUACGUGUGGACGGGGCCUUAAUCGCCAGCAUAUUGCUUGUUAUAGUAAUUAACCAUUAACCAUUGACUAAUUAACCAUUGUCUUAGUGGUUUGAUUCAUAUGCUGUAAUGCAGGCGUAAAUUUCGGUGUUUUGGGGGUGGGCGAAUGUAGAAGGAAAAACGGUCCGUUCUUUCUCAAACUGAUCGUUUUUUGUUAAUGUAUUACAGCAAGAGGAUGCAGAGUUAACGCCAAGUCCAGCGAAAAAGACCAAAGUAUCAGGGUCAUCGCCUGUGAAGCGAAAAGAGGCGGCCAUAGUUGUACGUAUUUUUCCUGUCAUUUAAUGAAUUAUUUUUCCUUGACGUUGAUGAACAGAUACUCACUAAUACAGAUAUCCAUUUAUCUCAGGUGAAAAGAAAGAAACGAAGCAAGCCUAGAUGAAAACACAAUUUCGCUUCGUUAUUGGACAGCCUGUCAUUGUGUGUUCUUCUGAAGAAACUGAACCUAAGAUAGACGUCUUUUACUGUGCACGGUUUUAAUCUCUCCUCUGAAAGAUCCAUUGCUGUUCAGGUCAAACCAUCCAACAAUUCAUGACGUAUUUAUUUUCGUUGAUGCCAGGGACGUGUUCAUAGUGAUAGUGGUUCAGUUGCGCAAAACGACGUAUCCAAGUCUAAGUGAUGUAAGAGCUCGUAGCCCACAGUGUUCUGGACUUAUUUGGUUCAGUUGACGGACGGUUCGUUUGAAAUUCCGAUAUAUUCUGGUUUAUCGACCAUUAAACGAAGUAAUUGUUAAAACUUACUAAGUUUACGCUUUUAGAGUUUUAGAAGUAGCUAAAGGCUUUAGUGUAACGUUAUGACGGAUAACGAACCAACCGCAAGAUAGCCUUUUGUACAGAUGCACGGUAGUUUUAUUUGGGAAUGGCCAAAGUACACAAAACAGUUUUAAUCGCUAUACCGGAUAACGAACCAACCGCAAGAUAGCCUUUUGUACAAAUGUACGGUAGUUUUAUUUAGGAAUGGCCAAAGUACAUAAAAAAACGGUUUUAAUCGCUGUACCGAGUGAAAGUAGCCUCUUAAUGGUGCAAUAUUUCGUUACAGCAAGGAGGCCAAAAGUGUGACCUCCUUUAAUUAACUCACAUUCUUUCAUGCAGACAUUAACCAAUCAGAAGUCGAGGACAGUUUCCAGCCGGCUUCUAAUUGGAUUAAAUCUUUACGAAAGAAUGUGAAUAGAUCAAAAGCGUCACACGUUUGGGCUCCUUGCUGUAAAUGGAAGUUUCUGUAAAAAUGUUUAUACAGUUUCGCCAGUUUUGUAGUAUUAAUUACUUUUAGCUUUCGUUGUCUUUGGAAUGUUAUGCGAAAUGUGAUCGCCCCGUAAGGGGUGAGGAUGAGAGGUCGGGAUAUGCAAGUCCAUUACUUCUGAGUUAUUUUCCUAAAAGCCCUGUUGCGACGGCUCAACGUGGCGGGCGUUCGAGCGUUGGAGUUGAGGCGAGAGGUCUAAAAGUAACUGUAUAGGUCGAUACUAAACGCUUACCUUCUCAAGACAAAUGUAUACUAUUUUAAACGCUAGUACUCUACCCGUAAGUGAUAUCAAAACUUUUACUUAUAGCAAACUCUCUGUUUAAGAGUUCGAGAGUCCAAAAGUUGCCUGUAGGCUAAGCUAAGAUUUUGCCCCUGCACAUUGUCUGUCCUGUAAGCUCUCCUUUGAAAUUCCAAACAAACACGCUGGCAGUGAUUUCUUAUAAUGAAUCCAACGCAGAUUUAACUUAAACUUCUUAUAACUUAUAGUUUUGAUUUACAUUUGGAAAUAUUAUUCCUAUUCAUACGACUGUUUAGCAGUACUGACUUUAAUGAAGCACUUCUCCAUUUCAAAGGGAUUUUAAUAAAGGAUAACGAUGAUACUUAAGAGUGUCAUAUUUAUUAUUAGGUCUAUUUUAUAGCUAAUAGUAUCGCUCCCAAGAAACGCUCGUUACUCAAGCUAGAGCUUAACAAGGCUGUGAAGUUUUUCA